CACUGUCAUUUGUUGCUGACAAUGUAAAACCGACUUGUUAGAUGUGAUUCGACCCAUCAUCAUACACUGUUAUAAUUAUGAUGACAAUGCCGUUUACACCGAACAGUCAGAAUUCCUCAUUUCUCUGAAUAGUGAUGGCACAAAUAUUUGAAGGUGAUAGUCCCAAUAUUGGCUUAUAAAUAAAAGUGCUCCAGUGACUUGCCCUUUGAAGGGGCCAAAGUUUCUCCCUCACAAAUGCAAAAUAGAAAGUAGCAAUAAGUGAUUUUCUCAUCAGUGUGGGAGAUUAAACUAACUCGGGGUGUAAUUUGAGCUCUAUCGCACACUUCCAAUCUCCUUGCAAUUAAGGGGCGCGGUGGGGUUCCUCCAACAAGAGGGGAGCACUCGCAGGGCGGGAUACGUCGCCUCUCGUAGGCGGUGCUUCCUCAACCCCCAACCCGCUCCCCCCCGCCCCCUAUCCGUCUAUCUCACGCGCCAUCUCCGCCCUCCGGGGAGAUGCGCAUCCGUUGAGCAAGCGACUCUUCUUUCUUGCUCCUGCCGCCGUCUUUAAUCGCAAUCGGUCUGCGGAAGGAGACGCCGGUUUGGUGCCCGACUCUACUGGAUCUCCCUGUGGAUUCACACUCAAGAGUUUUUGUCGAAGACGGAGUCCGAACCGAACCCAGAAAGAACAAAUGCUGCAAAAAUGUGGAUGUUUACCUUUUUGGGAUACGUGCGCGGCUCGUCGCUUUCGGGAGGGAAAGUGUUGUUAACGCUUAUCGGGAGUUCCGACUGAUUCUAGGUGCCUGUUAACGCAUCAUGUCCACAGCCAGCAGGCUCCAAAGAGAGAGUGCAACAUCUCAGCUGCCCCCGGUGGUCCUCACUAGAGUUGGAGGAGGAAGAAAAGAGAUGACCAAGGCCGACACGCAAACAUUUGCAGGGGAUGAGUGAGGGGUCACUCCAGGGGGACGCACAGGUGUGAUUCUCAGCCUAGCCGCUGUCGCCGUGGCAACCUGACAACCGGCCCAGUGGAUCUGCAGCCUCGGAUGUGACUGAGCUGUCAACGUUUCAUCACUAGGAAGCACCCCCCCAUCAUUUUUGGCUGCAUGGACGGGUCAUCAAAGUCGUGGCUGCCACAUCAGGGUCAGUUUGGUUUGGGUGGUCAAGUGGAAGUGUGCUGUGGCGGACCCGGCGUUUUAACCCCAAACCAAUCGCGCAGGGCAAGUUUUGCCUCUGUGCGACAAUCAAGCAUGGAAACUCCUCCCAACGCUACCCCACAGUCCUUCAGACAGCCGAGUUUCCUCAAUAGAAGGCUGAAGGGCUCCAUCAAGAGGGCCAAAAGUCAGCCCAAACUAGACCGGACCAGCAGCUUUCGACAAAUGAUUCUGCCCCGGUUCCGUAGCGCUGAUCAAGAGAGGACACGCUUGAUGCAGAGUUUCAAAGAAUCCCACUCCCACGAGUCGCUGCUCUCUCCCAGCAGCGCUGCCGAGGCUUUGGACUUGGUGCUGGACGAAGACGCCGUCAUAAAGCCGGUCCACUCCAGCAUUUUAGGACAAGAAUAUUGCUUUGAGGUGACCACAAAUUCAGGGACAAAAUGCUUCGCCUGUCGUUCUGCAUCGGAGAGAGACAAGUGGAUCGAAAACCUGCAAAGAGCCGUCAAACCCAACAAGGACAACAGCAGGCGUGUGGACAACGUUCUGAAGUUAUGGAUCAUCGAAGCCCGGGACCUUCCGACCAAGAAGCGCUACUACUGUGAGCUGUGCCUGGACGACAUGCUGUAUGCCCGCACCACCAGCAAACCUCGCACGGACACCGUCUUCUGGGGCGAGCAUUUUGAGUUCAACAACCUGCCCACCAUUCGUAGCCUUCGGUUGCACCUCUACAAGGAGACGGACAAAAAGAGACGCAAGGAGAAAAGCACAUACCUUGGCCUGGUCAGCAUCCCCAUCUCCAGCAUCACGGGCCGUCAGUUUGUGGAGCAGUGGUAUCCCGUCAUCCAGUCCAGCGUUUUGGCCAAAAGCGGCGGCGUAGGGAGCGGCAAAGUCAUCAACGCCUCGCUCCGCGUCAAGUCACGCUACCAGACCAUGAACAUCCUCCCCAUGGAGCUGUACAAGGAGUUUGCCGAGUACAUCACCAACAACUACCGAACACUGUGCGCAGUCCUGGAGCCGCUGUUGAGCGUAAAGAGCAAAGAGGAAGUGGCAUUUGCCCUGGUGCACAUCCUCCAAAGCACCGGCAAAACCAAGGAGUUCCUCUCCGACAUGGCGAUGUGUGAGGUGGAUCGAUUCAUGGAGCGUGAGCACAUGAUCUUCCGCGAGAACACACUCGCCACGAAGGCUGUGGAGGAGUACCUCAAGCUGAUUGGUCACCGAUACCUCAAGGAAGGGAUAGGCGACUUCAUCCGAGCCCUGUAUGAAUCUGAAGAGAACUGCGAGGUGGACCCCAUGCGAGUCCCGCCGUCAGUCCUGGCGGACCACCAAGCUAACCUCCGCAUGUGCUGUGAGCUCUUACUCUGCAAGAUCAUCAACUCCCUCUGCAUUUUCCCUCGCGAGCUGAAGGAGGUGUUUGCCUCGUGGCGGGCCCGCUGCGCCGAGCGCGGCAGGGAGGACCUGGCUGAUAGCCUCAUCAGCUCCUCGCUGUUCCUCCGCUUCAUGUGCCCGGCCAUCAUGUCGCCCUCGCUCUUCAACCUGACGCAGGAGUAUCCGGUGGAGCGUACCUCGCGGACCCUCACACUCAUCGCCAAGGUCAUGCAGAACUUGGCCAGCUUCAACAAGUUUGGGCCAAAGGAAGAAUACAUGUACUUCAUGAACGAGUUCUUGGAGAUGGAGUGGGGCUCCAUGCAGCAGUUCCUCUAUGAAAUCUCCAACAUGGACGCUGGAGGCAACGCGGGAGGCUUUGAGGGCUACAUCGACCUCGGCAGGGAACUGUCCAUGCUGCACAGUCUGCUAUGGGAGGUCAUGGGCCAGCUUAGCAAGGACGCCAUUCUCAAACUGGGCCCGCUGCCUCGGCUGUUGAAUGACAUCAGUGUGGCCCUGCGGAACCCUCAGCUACACGCCGCCACCAACCACCAACCCGAGCGGCCCAAGGACAGACUCUUCUCUCGGCCCACGUUCAAUCGCCUCAUGUCCUCCGACUUCCAGAGCCUGAUGAUGCGCGACUUAAACAGUUCCAUAGAUAUCAACCGCCUGCCGUCGCCCCCCACUGGUGUGUCGGCCGUUGAGUCUCUCUCGUCCAACCUCAACAUGAGGCGCCAAGCCGAACGAGACCUGCGCUCCUCCCGGGAGGUGUUCUAUGUCACCCGGCCUCCGCUGGCCCGCUCCAGCCCGGCAUAUUGCACCAGCAGUUCAGACAUCACGGAACCCGACCCCAAGGUUCACAGCGUGAAUAAAAGUGUGUCUAUGAUGGACCUCCAAGACUCGCGCAUGAACAGCAUCUCCAACCUGAACUCCGUGGGGGACAUGCUCGCGUCCUCGCAGGCCUCCAUCGCCGGCCUGGGCCACAGUUUCAGCAACUUGGGGGGCCCACUCCGAAUGGCCGGCCACCUGCCCAGCGGCUCGGCGGGCUCCGGCCUGAGGCUUAGCCAGAUUGGCCACAUCGGCGGCCCCACUGAGUCCAUUUCCCAGCAGCAGCAGCAGGCGGCGGCAGCCAUGCACUACCCGCUGUCCUUCCAGAACCCUCUCUUCCACCUGGCGGCGCAGAACUCCCCGGCCCAGCCCCCGCCGCCGCCCCUCCUGUUGGCCCCGGAGCCGGAGAACGGCCACCAUGACUAUACCCCGGCAUUCGGCAAUAACGUGUUCUCCCGCAGCGAGGACCUGUCGGUGCUGCGCUCUCAGAACAGCCUAGUUCAGCCCAGCAUCGUCCACUCACAUAGCUACAGCGAUGAUUUCACCCGUCAGAACCAGAACAAUGAUUUAGUUUGGCAUCAGCUCUCACUGCAAGUGCAGGAGUCGCUCCAGCAGCAGCACAUGAUGGGCGUCGCUUCUCAGACGCCCACCGGAACCGGCACGCCCGCCUCCUUGGCCACGCCGCCUACGACCGUCCACCCUGUGCGCCAGUCCUCCAUUGCCCCCCAGCUCCUCAAGUCCCAGCGCUCCGUCAACACCCCGGCCACGGCCACGCCGCCCAAGGCCCGACCCCAGAGCAGGAAUCUCCUAUUGGAGUCUACCGACGCAAACUUUGUUCAGGCCAAACAGCGGCAAGCUCAGCCACCGUCACAACAACAACAACAACAACAGCAACCAACACAAACACAGCAGCAGGACACUGCAGCUGAUAGUCCGGCUCCCGGGCUGCCUUUUCAGACGGGGGCCGCCAAAGAGAACCAGAACCCAUCCUCGGCGGUUGCCAACGCCGAAGACUCGAAGGACACGCCAACCAAAAGCGGCAAAAAGUCGCAACAGUUGCAGCCUCCGCAGCAACAUCUGCUUAAGCCCCUUGGCAACAAACAGGGUUCCCAGUCCAACCUGAAUGAGCGCACGGUGGCCUGGGUGUCCAACAUGCCGCAUCUUUCCGCCGACAUUGAGAGUCUGAGGCCCGACCGCGAGGGCCAGCUUAAGGAGUACUCCAAGAGCAUGGACGAAUCCCGCUUGGAGAGGGUGAGGGAGUACGAGGAGGAGAUCCACUCCUUGAAAGAGCGCCUGAAGAUGUCCCAUCGCAAGCUGGAGGAAUACGAGCAUAGGCUCGCGUCGCAGGAGCAGCAGACCAGCAAGAUCCUGCAGCAGUACCAGUGCCGCCUGGAGGACAGCGAGCGGCGUCUUAAACAGCAGCAAGUGGAAAAGGACUCCCAAAUCAAAGGCAUCAUCAACAGACUCAUGGCUGUGGAAGAUGAGCUGAGAGGGGGUGCCAUUCCUGAUAUUAAGCCUCGAAUCCUCACAGACCAGUCUAUCUGCCAGGGCUAUGGGGGCCUCUCUGGAUCCUGACUGCCACUACGAAAGCGACCAGGAUCCGUGAUGGUCAUCCAAGUGUGAGUGCAGAAGCACCAACCACUCCUCUUGAAGAUCUGCUUGCCAGUCAAGUAGGACCACACGCACCCAGGCUCCUUGUCGCUAAUAAAACUUUUCAAAAAACUUCUGACAAUCACUUCACAGCGGAGACCAAUUUGUACAAAGACUCCGACUAGAGUUAACAUUCCGAGUUUCUUGAGUUAAACCUCCGAGGGUAUGAAGAUUUGGGGGAGUGGGGCUGUGUUUUCCAGGCUACAAGGCAGCACUUGGAAAAUGUAGAAGCACAAAAAAAUAAAAAAACCCAGUUUAGGAUCCUCUUCAUAUCUGAUCUGAAAGCCCAAUGUCCCUAACUUUUAAUACAUGAGCGGUGGUGCAUCGGAUUUUUAUUUUAUUUUAUUUUUGAAAUACCACACAUCAUCACUUUCAAGCCUUUCCCUUCCACAAAGAGUCCACGUAUUAUUAUUUUCCAUUUUCAAAUGGCAAUCAAUUGAUUUGUAAUUUGUAAAAUGGAUUCUUUAAUCCUUGGCUCCGAUCGAAAAUAUGACAUUGAAAAACAGGCCAUAAGACUAAAUUAGACUUUUGCACUGAAUUGUUACCUGACUCAAAACUUUGAUAAUGACGUGAGCUUGGCAACGGUCAUAAUCAGUUCACAAAUUUGAUCAAUUAAAGUGCGCCGACGUCCCAGGUGUUGUACAUCCCACUGUCGACUUGACUUGAACUGCUGUAGACCGCUGACAAUGUUGAACAAUAUUACAUUAAAUGCAAGAAUAAAGUCCUCUCCCCAAUACAGGUGACAUGCACGUUUUAGUUGACAAUCCCUCGAAAGGCUACUUAAUGUUGUUUAUUGUGCCAGUGGCCUUUUUAAGAUGGGUAAACGGUGGAUUGAAAUGUCAAGUGGCAUUCUUAAGGAUACUCUAAUUACAGUAAGGCUUUCAUUUUGGGAAAAAAAAAUCCUGUGGUUGCCUUUCUGUCUGCCACCGCUUGCAGAAUCACGGUACAUUUCUAAGCGGCCUUGAAGAAAUGUCUACUACUAGUAUGGUAACAUUGCCGACGCAUUUACAUGAUAUAUGUAACGAAACAUGAAUAUAUACAUUUGAAUUCAGCAUUUUUUUAAAAUGGCUACCUGUAAUUUAAUGGACCUUAGAUAUUUUAAAUAAAACCCCCAAAUUAAGGACUUGUAGGACUCUAAAAUUAUUUCUUGUCGUAAAUGAGCCAUUUUCCUCCCCCUAAAAUAAUUUAAAAAAUUAUAUUCAUGGUGGUGGUCAAUGUGUAUGUAUAUACGUAAAUAUAAAUUAUGAAAUAACUAGUUAUCGUGAAAAUAAUGUUUUACACACAUUUUGAGUUGUUUUACAUCAUUUACAAAUUACCUCCAUUAAAAAAAAAAGGGUGGCUCUUGAUCACGAAGGUUUGCCCACCCUGCUGUAAACUAGCAUUAUUUAUACUUUCUUGUACAACUUGGGUUUGUAAAGUGUUGUAUAAAACUUUUUUCCAGGUAUAUGGCAAUUGGUGAUUUGACUGACUCAUCUGUUUGUGAGGCAUCGAUGUGCAUGAGCUUUUUAAAACGCGAGGAUGAGUAAGCUACCUAUUAUUAGGAUGAUGGUGAUGAUGAUGUACAUUUUCUAAAAAAAGACAUUUUCUCUCAUUCCCUUACUUUUUGGCAUUAUACACCGGAAACGUGGGGCCGGUGGAAACAACUAAAUGGAUGCAGGGUAACGGGAGAUACAGCAACAGCGCCAACUGGAGAAUCGGAGAAAUAGUAUAAUAUUUGUAAAGGACGCGUCUCUUUUGUAGUCGGGUGAUGAAUUAAUACUGUGUUGUACCGCUGAGUCAUUUCUAUUACAGAGUUCAUGAAUUGCUCUUUUAAGCUCUUGCCUUUAAAAAGAAACAUGUGUUCGAUUAGCAAUGAUACAAAGGUUUUUAUGUUUGUUACCAGACACAUAUAACGUUAGUGUUCAAAAUGCACUCAAUGAUUCACUAUUUUUUUUCCAUUACAUCGUUCGAUCUAGGUUUGGCUCCUAAACUGACGAGUGGAUUAUCUAAUUUUACAUGUAUACUAAUAAUCGAAGGCCGUCAGGCAUGGACUUGUUGUAAAGAAAUUAUUUUAAUUUAAUUAUUAUAAUUAUGAGUUCUUCAGUCUAGAGCGAGUGUGAUGAUGGCACUGAGCUUGAGUCAAGGUACAACAAUGGGUUACAAUUUUCUUUUAUUAUUAUGUACAGUAUCCAUUUAUUUUGUCAUUUGGCCUGCACUUUGGUUUUGAUCUUUGAGUUCUCUAUAGGGGGGGAGAAAAAAAAGUUCUAUGAAAAGUAUAGGAUAGGAUGUUAAGACAAUUUAUUUUUUACAAUCCUGCUUCAACUCGUUUGCUUUUAUUUGUAAUAUUUAAUGGUAGCUGUAUUUUUAUUCUUUUUGUUUUUCAUUUUUUAGGGCACUGCUGCCAUUCACAAGUCAGUCUUGGUACGAAGCCCCUCGCUUGUGUUUUGCCAAAUGUAACGUAUACAAGUAAUACCAAUUAAAAUUAAUUUUUAUUUAUUUUUUUUAUUGUAAUUUUGACGGCAGACAAACAGGAAGUGGAUUGACCGAAAUGUGAAAAAAAAUAAAAAACAAUGAAAUUCCCAUUUAUGAUCCUGAUGCAUGCAGUAUAUACAAAAAAAUAUUUUCAAUAGGUUUUAAAAUAUUUCUGUUGUUAUAUUUCGUUACCAAAUAAGUAAAAAGCUAGCCCACCUUCUUUUUAAAUUUCAACACGCUGCUCUAACAUCGCGUUAGAACACAGGAUAUAUAUAUUUUUUAAUUGUCUCACAUUUCUGUGUUCACAGAUUAGUACCUUGGUACAAAUUAUGAUUUAAAUGUAUUCCAGUAUAUUGGUGUACUUACCAAUGCAUUAUGAUGUGUCAAACGGACAAGACAAGCUAAUCAUUAUUUUCUCACUUAUGUUUGAAUUUUUUGGGUGGUUAUUCUUGUUAAGUGCCAUUACCGUGAAUAUCAAAAGUGUGUCUUGGUGAGAACACAAUAGAUUGACUAACCUUUAAUUUCUCUCGGCUGUCAAAAAGCACAACAAAGUGUAUAUGGAAAGGUAUAAUCUUAUACGAAUGAUUCAAUUAGCACUUUGCGUUGUAAUAUUUUGCAUAUGAUAUGAAAAAUAACAAAUUAGAAUACAACAUAAUAUAUUUAUGAGCCUUUUGGGCGAUUCACCUCAUCAUUGACAGGAAAUAUCUUGUACUGUGUAUUUUGAAUGAUAACAUAGAUAAGUAUCUAAAAAAAAGGACGUAUUAAAUAGAUUAUUUAUUUAUUGGCAGCUAUGUAUUCUGCACAAUUGGCUUACUGUGCCACAGAUGAUCUAAAUAUUUUUUUUUUUUGGGGGGGUGGACUCCUGGAUGAAUGUGUUCAUUGACUUGACAUUUGCUUUGAAACAAGCCAUGCUCCAUUGAUAAAAGCCAUAUCCUCCCCCAAUGUUGUAUGGUGAAUGUUCAAUGGAGGAACAUUUUUUUGGGUUCAUAAAAGUAACUAUUGUAGGUAUGAUUGCACUUGUAAUUAUAAUAGCGGUAAUUGGUGUACGUGGGUUGACAUAAUUAAUGUAGGAAAACUAAAGGAAUGUAUUCAUUUUUCAAGGUGAUUUAUUAUUCCCCCCUACCCCGUGAAUUAAAUAAAGUAAUGCAUUCAAAGAUGUAAA